ACACGUUAGCACGUUUCAAAACAAAUUCAGAGUUAGAUAAUUAUUUUGUUCGCCAUUAUUGAUUGCUUCAAAUUAAGGCCAACUUGUUUAAUUUAGAAGCUGUCACGAGAUCUUAUGACGUCAGACCAGUCUGGAAAAUCACUUCCUGCCAUGGACGUAUUCUCAGAGAGCAUUGGAUAUCUCGUGAAAGCUGCUAUACACCAAAUAAAUCAGGUUUCAGAGAAAGAUAUCACAUGGGUCCUUACAGUCCCUGCAAUCUGGAAUGAACCUGCAAAGCAGUUCAUGAGGGAGGCAGCCAUCAAGACUGGGAUAGACAAAGACAAGUUGAUGUUAGCCCUGGAACCGGAAGCUGCAGCAAUAUACUGUCGAUAUCUACCCAGUACACUUGGUGGCAAAGACGAGAAUGAUAUCCUCAGCUUCCUCCAUCAUGGUGGGCGGUAUAUGAUCGUGGACAUUGGAGGUGGGACCGUAGACAUUGCGGUACAUGAGGUUUCUGGUGAUGGGAAAACUGUUACAGAGAUCCUACCGGCGUCUGGAGGGGCUUGGGGAGGAGACAGUGUCAACCGAAGGUUUUUCAACUAUUUCAGCAAGAAGAUUGGUGAAGAAAAAAGUAAAAAUAUAAAAAAAACUCGAACGUCUCACUGGAUGGUACUUGAGAACAAUUUUGAAGGAAAAAAGAGGAAAUUAAAAAUAAACACAGAAAACGAUAUUCGACUCGAACUACCGCCGGUUAUCGUUUUGGAAUCAGGACUGAAAGUUGAUUUGAGCAAGUCAUUCAAAAUCGACAUACGCAACGAAGACUUCAGAUCCUUUUUCAAUUCAACGAACAACAUAGUCAGCCACAUGAGACAUAUAUUUAACAGAAUUGUUGACAUUGAGCUUGUCUUAAUAGUAGGGGGCUGUGCCCAGUCAGAUUAUGUUUCGAAUAUGCUAAAAAAUGAAUUUCCCUCAAAGACGGUUUUGGUACCCACAAAAGCUGAAGUAGCUGUGAUGGAAGGCGGAGUUAUGUUUGGAUUCGAACCAUGGACUGUGACCGCCAGAAUGUGUCGUCACACUUACGGCAUUGGAUGCAAUCGCCCAUUUGAAGAAGGGUUCCACCGAGAGGAGUAUCGAAAGGAUAUCGACGGUAGAGACAUGUGUGGGAAUAUAUUCGGCAAACUGGUUGCUGAGGGGGAGGUAUUGGAUAUUACAGAAAAACGCGUAGCUGAGCAAUACAGCUCGUCACACAAGGAUAAAGCGAGAAAGGAUAUCGUAGUGAAUAUCCCAUUUUACGCGUCCACAGACAAAUUGUGCAGGUACAUAACAGACAAAUCAUGUGAAAGAAUAGGUAACAUCAAAGUGUACCCUCCAAAUGACGGAUGGCCUGAUGAAGUUCACUACCGCGUCGAAAUGUACUUCGGAAGAACCGAAUUCGAGGUGAAGCUAUUCAACGAUAUUGAUGAAAGAGAAUAUAACGCUAAGUAUGACUUUCUCAUCGAGCAAAAUGUUCCAGAGGUUUUACCGCACCUACCAGCCCCAGCUCGGGAUACAAGUCGCUGUACAAUAUGCUAAAGUACAUGUAUGGAAAAUAGAUAAGACUGUGAUUUAAAGGGAAACAAAUGAGUGUCCAUUAUAAUACACAAAAUUCCAAGAUGAAGAAGAGACACUUUUUUUGCAAAGGGUGUUCCACGAACUUCUCGACUUUUUACAAGGAUUUUACAAAAGACAGAUAAUAGAGUAUGUGAUUACAAAUCUAAGAGCUACAUACAUUGGGGACAAACAGAAUUAAACUUCAUACUGCUGUUUAGUCCUUAGGACUCGUCAGUGAUGCUAAGGACUUAAAAGUGUUGAUGCCUGGGAUUAUAGAUAGUCACGUGACGACCUAAGUGAACUGACCGGUGUCUGGUGGUGGGAAUGUUUUGAUAAAAUUCUUAUAUUUCUGGACAUGUUUUCUAAGAUCCGAUAUGUUUGUAUCAUGUUUUGAUUAUUUACCUUUGACCAGACAAAGGUCGGCCAUUUUAUAUAUAGACACAGGGAACUGUUACAGCUGUUAUCAUUAUAUUAUGGCGUGUUCGUCCAAAGUUGAUACGGAGUUCCAUAUUACCCAGAAAAGGCCUUGGCACUCACAACCCCGGAUUGUGAAGCAACUUAAGACAAUCGCCAAUAAAUGACCAGUAACGUGUCACCUGUCAUUUUCGAAAAUAGGCGUCCCGUUUAAGGAUCGUCGAGUAUCCGUGAUCAUGUGGCAACUGGCACUAAGACGGUUAUCAGUAACACUCAAUCUCAAUAUCCCCUGGAUGUUUGCUAAAGUUUGCUCCGAUGCUGGGCCCCACCAUUGUGCCAAUGGAAGCUAGUUUAAUUGAACAAUCAUUAACUUAGUUAAUUCGAUCUAUGGUUUAGAGUGCCGUGAAUGCUGCUAUUCGUCACUAAGAAAUACAUUGAGAAAGGGUUGCCCCUGAUUAAAACUAUUGAAAAGCGGGCAUCCGAACUGUUGGUUCUAAAAAACAAACCGAGACAAAUAUUCUUAAGACAGGGUUAGAGGAACAGCAGCAGUACUCGAGCGCUUCAACUCCACAACGUCCCUGUACCUGGAGGUGAUCUCUAAGCUUUCGACACACAAGAUGCAGAAGUCAAAAUAAGCCGCGAGGACAUUUCCAGGUCCAAUAUCCUUGAUAAAGUGAACAAUCGCUCGACGACUGUUAUUACGCGCCUUGUUAGAUACACAGAUCGUCACAAAGUUUUCCAGAACAAAACGGUUUGUAAACGGACAACAAUUUCAUUACUGGGAGUCCCACUGGACACCGAUCAGCGCAUGUUAGCCGACUUAAUAAUUAAACUACGCAAAGAAAACCACAUAUAUGCCCUGUGGAAAAUGGACGGCAGGAUCUUUUACAAAACUGGUGAAUUCGCAGAAAACAAUCUGAUGCAUAUGUUAGUGCACCCGAGUCAAAUCAUUAUCCAUGAAUAGAGUUAUUCCAUUAUAAGCAUGCUGACAUGCCAUUUUUAAAAUGAAAUUAUUCGAGGUAAAGAGCAUGUGUUAAUACAAAGCUGACAUGAUUUAUCAAGAUGAAAGCACGAUGUGAAUAUGCUGACAUUUUUAAAAAAUGAAACUGUUUCAUGUAAACUUGCUAACAUGCUGUUUCAGAAUGAAAUUUGAUAUGAAAACAUGCUGUCAUACUAUUUCGAAAUGAAAUUGUUCAUAAAAACAUGCCGACAAGCCAUCCAUUUCAAAAUAAAAGUGUUCCACCAAAAAUGCUGACAUGAUACGUCAUAUAAAAGCUGAGUACUAUGUAAUCAUGCUGACAUGUAAACAUUCUAUAUCACAAUGAAAUCGUUCCGUGCAAAUAUGCUGACAUGCAAUUUUAAAGGAAAAUAUGUCAUAGAAGCUUUUUCAAAGUAAACAUGUCGAUAUGCCAUGAAAUUAUUCCAUGUAGAUAUGGUUUGUCGCAAUGAAGUUACUUUAUGCGAAAAUACUGACACUUGCUGUUUAAGAAUGAAAUUAUUCCAUGUUAACAUGCCGACAUGCCAUUUUAAAAGAAAUUCUUCCAUGUGAACAUCUACUUUAUCACAAUGAAAUUAUUUCAUGUAAAUAUGCUUUGUCAUAAUGAAGUUAUUCUAUGUGAACAUUCUGACACUUGCUGUUUACGAAUUAAUUCAUUCCAUAUUAACAUGCCGACAUGCCAUUUUAAAAGAAAUCAUUCCAUGUAAACCAUAUACUUUAUCACAAUGAAAGUGUUCCAUGUAAACAAGCUGUUAAACUAUUUUAUAACACAGUGUCCCAUGUAAACACGGUGAUAAACUAUCUUAUAAGACAGUGUUCCAUGAAAGCAUGUUGACAAGAUACAUCCGAUAAAGGUGUCUUACGUAAACAUGCUGUUUCAAAAUGUAAUUAUUCCAUGACAGCAUACUGACAUAAUUAUGCUGUUGAAGAAUGGAAUUGUCCAUGUAAAUUUGCUGACAUACUAUUCCAAAUGAAAUUACUCUUUGUAAGCAUACAUACAUACAUAUGCUGUUCAUGAAUGAAUUUAUUCCAUGUAAACAUGCUGAUGAUAUAAGAUGAACUUAUAUUAUUAAAAAACAACAUGCAUACAUGCUGUUUCAAUAUGCCAUUGUUCCAUGAAAUCUCGCUGACACGUUUCAGAAUUUUAUUCUUCCUUGUAAGGAUGCUGGUAUGCCAUUUCAUAAAGAAUUUAUUAGAUACUAUGUCACAAUAAAACUAUUCUAUGGAAACAUGCCCUGUCACGAUGAAAUUGGUCCAUGCAGACAUGCUGAUGUGCUAUUUCAAAUGUUUGGUAAAUGUGCUACGUCAAAGAACAUUGUUCCAAGUAAACACGCUGACAUGCUAUUUCAAUAUGAAAUUGUUCCACGUAAGCAUGUUGACAUACUAUUUAAAUAUGAAAUUGUUCAAUGUAUGCAUGCUGACAUGCUAAUUCUAAGACACAUAUUUGUCUGA